AUGCCGUUAUCGAAGAUUACCUUCUGUGCUUACCUGCUCCAUCCUAUAAUGCUGCAAAUCUACAACUUCAGCCGGCCACAACCAUUUCACUUCACCACGGCCUUUCAGAUGCUCCGGCAUACACUGGAGGCUAUUUUUGUCUCGUAUUUACUGGCGUUCUUCUUUGCUCUGGCGUUCGAGAAGCCGUUCAAUGCCUUCGACGAAAUGCUUAUUCCUGUCAAAGGAAGAACAUCCACUGUUACGAAGCGGAAAUCUAUCGAAAUGGACGUUCCCAAUGGCGAAACGCGUCCCCUCAAAAAGUAG